AUGGAUUCAUUUAAGAAGAAUUGGUUUACUGAAGUAUGUGAGAUGUGGCCUGGUGGGUCAUUUUCAUUUGAAGUUAAGGAAGUAUUGCAUAAAGAGAAGUCAAAGUAUCAAGACAUCUUAGUCCUAGACACCACCAGCUUUGGAAGGGUCCUUGUUCUUGAUGGUAUUAUACAGUGCACCCAGAAAGAUGAGUUUUCAUAUCAGGAAAUGAUUUCUUUCCUGCCCUUGUGCUGCCAUAAAAAUCCCGAAAAAGUGCUAAUUGUAGGAGGUGGAGAUGGGGGAGUUGCCAGAGAAGUUGCAAAACACCCAUUAGUAAAGGAAAUCGUUCAGGUGGAAAUUGACGAUAAAGUUAUCGAGGUAUCUAAAAAGUAUCUUCCCUUUAUGGCAGUCGGUUUUGAAAGCAAAAAACUCAAACUACACGUAGGAGAUGGGUUCGAGUUCAUGAAGAACCAUAGUCAGGAAUUUGACGUCAUCAUAACAGAUAGCAGCGAUCCCGUCGGUCCAGCUGUUAGUUUGUUUCAAGAAAAUUAUUUUGCACUCAUGAAGAGCGCAUUAAAACCUAAUGGGAUCGUUUGUUCGCAAGCUGGUACAUUUUGGUACAGCAUGGAUUUAGUAUCGAGUACACUAAAGAUCUGCAAAAAUCAAUUUCCGAAAGCCGCGUACGCUACAACGUCUGUACCGACUUAUCCCUCCGGGCAAAUUGGUUUUGUCAUUGGGUCUCUUGAUAAUGAUGUUCAGUUUGACAAGCCGACUUUGACGUUUUCCCGCCAAGAUGAGCUUUCCAUGAAUUUGAGGUACUAUAGCACUGACGUUCACAAAGCAGCGUUUGCGCUUCCAACUUUCGUCAAAAAUGAAUUAGAAAAGUAG